CUCCGCACGCAACCACGACAUCUGCACCUAGCCCUGCAAAACCCCCUGCAAAACCUGUCGCACACCCACCUUCCAAUGCUCCAAACCCUAAUGCUCCCCCUACGCAACACACAUUCCCCCCAAUGUCAACAUGGUAGUCGAGCGCGGAAAAGCUCUCGAAGUCGAGAUUAAAGUCAUCGAAGCCAAACUCCAGGAAGCACAAUCUGCCGGGAACGCUGCAAAUAUCGAGUCGCUUCAGAUGGAGCGCGUCACGAAAUAUCAGCAGGCGAGGAAGAUCAAGACUAUUUUGUAUCAAAUAGCGAAUAGGCCUGCAAUGGGUGGUCCGAAUUCAGGUGCAGGGGGGUCGGGAGAAACGCCUCAAUCUCAAUCUCAAUCUCAGUCUCAGUCUCAGUCUCAGUCUCAGUCUCAGCCUCAGCCUCAGCCCCAACUGGCGGCGAGCAACAUAAAGUCGGAACAUGUAGCACCGCUAACGGUGUCUGCGCCCGUAUCUGCACCCAUGGAGGAGCAGAAGCCAGUCACGGAUCAGAAGCCACCGCUGACAGAUCAGCAGGCACUAAUACACCUCAUGCAGGCGCGUUCGGGAACAACACCAUACGCGAAUCCAGAGCUCGCAGCGCAAAUGCACAAGUUGCUCAACAAGACUGGUAUCCCGGGACCAACCUUUUCCGGUUCACCUCAACCCCGACCAGCCCAUCCGCCUGCCUCUGGAUCUACCUCUCAGCAUCAGUCUCAGCCCCAGUCUCAGCCCCAGGCCUCAACCUCGGCAAUUCCAGGAGGGCCAAAUCAAUGGGAAGGCUCUUUCACUAUACAGCAUGCUGGACAACCAAAGGGGUUUGAAGUGCAGGUGGCCGCUGUUAUGAGUUCUAAAGGUCAACCCCACACGGAAACAUGGCCCGAGAGAAUGUUCAUCGAUAUACCACAAGGAGGACUGAAGGAUCCAUCAGAUUUAAAGUCGUGGCUUCAAAAACACCACCAAUCUGCUGUGAUAGCUCAGUUCAGGCCCCAAGCGCGAAGCAUUGAACAGAAAAAAAAUGACGCGGCUUAUAAUGCGUUGAUGAGGAUCAUGAUGGAAGCACGAACAUUUGGCAUAGUGGCGUGGCAACUUCCUUCGGGGACUAUAUCACAGAAUAUGAUCGUGUUCCCGAUGAGUAACAAGCUAGUAGGCGCAGUGUUCCCUGUCACUGGACUUCCGGAUCUGCCGGGCUCUGGCAAAGUUGACGGCCCAAAACCGCAACCGCAACUGCAACAACAUUCACAACCACAACUGCCACUGCAACAACUACAACAACAACAACAACAACAACCCCCAGGCGUCUUCACCCCUGAGAUGCUGACGCGACUUCAGGGCCUUGACCCGCAGCAGCAAAGGCGCUUCAUGCAACAACUCGCACUCCAGCAGAAAAUUCGGCAGCGGCAACGAGAAAUCCAGCAGCACCAACAACUACAGGCAGGGGCAAUGCAGCAGGAGGUACAGGCACCAGCACCUGGUGUGGGAAUGCAGAAUAUGAGUCCGUUUUCGAAUGGAUCGAAUAUGCCAAUGAAUAUGUUUGGCGGUGGUGGGGUACCACAGAGGCAAAUCAAUGGGGGCAUGCAGCUUGGCGGCGUGGGGUCCACAGUGAAUAGUGAGAUGAUGCAGUCGUUUAUGCAACGGAGUGCGAAUGGACAAGGGAUGAACCCUCGUGAUUGAUGAGGCCGUCCUAAUUUCUUCAUUGGCUUUGGAGCCUGGUUCUUCAAGCCGUUGCUUGUCCCUGGAGAACAAAAUGAUGGAUAUAU